CCGAUUUGAAUCGUGACGAUUAUGUAACAUAACCUCAAAUCUUUCAUAACCUAAAAAUGUAAACACGAAUAUAAAUUACAAAAUGGGGCGAAAUAUAUUGAAAAGUAGCGUCCAGAACGCAUCAUUCAGCAUUAUUUUUCAAAUUCUCUUCCGAUGCAUUACUUUUGUGUUAAAUGCUUUCAUAAUUCGAACUGUUGGCCAGGAAGUGUUGGGCAUAAUGAACGUUCGGUUGCUUCUCCUCGAAUCAACCAUUCUGUUCCUGUCACAUGAGCCCCUAAUGAAAGCGUGUUUGACAGACACCAAGUCGCACAAUUGGGCGCAAGUUAUCAACCAAAUUUGGCUUUCUGUUCCGAUGACGGCAGUUUUAAGUUUGGUUUUGGUGUACAUUUGGAUCAAUAUCCUAAGCCCCACUGGUGAUAAUUACGUCAGUCAAUAUAGACUUGGUUGUUACUCUAUUGCUCUGUCAUGUAUUAUCGAGCAAAUGACCCAAAGUGUGGUACUUGUGGCUCAAAGUUACUGUUUUGUUAAAUUAAAAGUUGUCCUUGAGACAAUUUAUAUUGUCUCUAGGACGGUUAUUUUUGUUUGCACGGUUGUAAAGCACCCAAAUGAUGCUAUUAAUGCGUUUUCAAUUGCGCAGCUAGGGUCAGCUGUUAUUUUAUGCCUGUCUUAUUACGGUUUUUUCUUUUGGUAUAUUAGGCGAUUGAAUCUAGUAAAAAAAGGGACAACUGUUAAAAGUAGUCUUUUCACCGACAUGAACGACUUUCCGUUCUCUUCCAUAAUGGAGUUUUUCCCUGGAAUCAUGGAAAAUGGCGAAAGAAUUCUAAACCAAGACUUGUGUCUUUUAACAAUCAGUUUUGCCAAACAAUCAAUCAUCAAACAAAUUUUAACGGAAGGGGAGCGCUACGUAAUGACUGUCUCUCCAGUGCUGACCUUUAGUCAACAGUCAAUGUACGACAUUGUAAAUAAUUUAGGCAGCUUGGCUGCACGAUUUAUUUUUCGACCAAUUGAGGAAAGUGCUUAUUUUUAUUUUACGCAAAUGAUCAAACGAGACGAACCUGUGGACAAACAGGACCAAAGAUACAUUUCCGAAUCAGCAAAUGUCUUAAGCCACUUGUGCAACAUUGUGACAUGUAUAGGCCUCACUGUUGUUGUUUUUGGCCAAAGUUAUAGUCACACUUUACUUUACCUUUAUGGGGGCAAAAAACUAGUUGAAAACACUUUGCCUGUGACGCUAUUACGUUUUCACAGUUUUGCGAUUGUUCUACUCGCCAUAAAUGGGGUCACAGAGGGCUAUGUUUUCGCAACAAUGAAUAACAAACAGUUAGAUAGGUACAAUUACAUUAUGGUGAUAUUUUCAGUCAGUUUUUUGGUGAUUUCUUACGUCCUGACAAAUGCAUUAGGACCAGUUGGAUUUAUUUUAGCAAAUUGCUUUAAUAUGUUAGCGCGUAUUAUCCACAGUCUCAUUUAUAUCAAUAAAAAAUACAAAGGGACAGUUUACAAACCUCUUGAAGGUUUAAUCCCAAGCAAAAAAUUCUUACUAACGCUGGCUGUGUCAGGAGUUGUUACUAAAAUAUCAGAUUCGUUGAUUUCCUCAAUCAUUGUUCAUAUUUUAAUAGGGGCUGUAUUUUUCCUUGCAAGUUUUAGCAUCUGGGCCAUUGAUAAUAAAUCAAUCCUCAAGCUGGGUUACGACAAAUACAAACGCCGAAUGUCCACAAAAACUGAUUAAUUUAAUAAAAGAGAAGAAAAGUCAA